AAGUUUUCAUGCAUUCUAGAAUGAACGUUGCGAUUGGCUACCAUCAAAGUCGCUAUAAAUAUUCGGGCAAGUUCAAGGAAUGUUCAGUUUAAAUCCCAUAAGUGAAGACUAAAGUUGGAGAAUUAGAAGUGUAAAACCUAAAGAUGUCUAUGGUGCCUCUCCUUUUCCGUGACUGGUGGGAUGACGAAGAUUUCCACUUUUCCCGCCCUUCCCGUCUUUUAGACCAGCAAUUUGGUCUAGGUCUCCGCCGAGACGACCUCCUCAACACCUUCAGUUCCUUACCCAGAAGUUCCCUCUUCAGAAACUACGUCCGACCAUGGCGCUCCACUGCCCUCCAACGACAGGAUUCAGGAUCGACCAUCCAACAAGACAAAGACAAAUUCCAAGUCAUACUAGACGUUCAACAAUUCGCCCCUAAUGAAAUUACAGUCAAAACCAACGGAAACAGUAUUAUCGUCGAGGGAAAACACGAGGAAAAACAGGAUGAGCAUGGAUUCAUCUCGAGGCAUUUCGUAAGGAGGUAUUUGCUGCCUCAAGAGCACGACAUAAAUGAUGUUGUCUCAACGCUAUCUUCCGAUGGUAUUUUAACGGUGUCGGCCCCAAAAAAGUCGCUCCAACAACCCGCCGGUGACAGGGUUGUGCCGAUUACUCAGACUGGACCGGCGAAGGCUACGGUCACCCCCGUUACGGAGUCUCAACCCAAAGUUGAACAACCCAACUAAUUUUUCACUGUUUUUUAAGGUUUUGUUGAUCUAUUGUUAAUAAAUUUCUCCUAUGUC